UAGCGCAGCAAGAAAAUCAAAUGGACCCAGAAACCUUCACUUGUUCAAUCUGUUUGGAUCUACUGAAGGAUCCAGUGACUAUUCCCUGUGGACACAGCUACUGCAUGAACUGUAUUACAAAACUCUGGAAUGGCGAGAAGGUAAAGAAAAUCCAAAGCUGUCCUCAAUGUAGGCAGAUCUUCACAGUGAGGCCCGUGCUGGUGAAAAAUACCAUUUUAGCAAAUUUAGUGGAGGAGCUGAAGAAGACUGGACUCCAAGCUGCUACUGCUGAUCACUGCUAUGCUGGACCUGAAGAUGUGGCCUGUGGUCUCUGUAUUGGAAGAAAACUGAAAGCCCGCAAAUCCUGUUUAAUCUGUCUGACUUCUUACUGUGAGAAACACCUUAAGCCUCAUUAUUAUUCACCUACAUUAAAAGAACACAAGCUGGUGGAGCCCUCCAAGAAGCUCCAGGAGAAGAUCUGCUCUCGUCAUGAUGAGGUGAUGAAGAUGUUCUGCCGUACUGAUCAGCAGAGUAUCUGUCAUCAGUGUUUAAUCGAUGACCAUAAAGGCCACGACACAGUCUCAGCUGCAGCAGAAAGGACUGAGAGGCAGAGAGAGCUGGAGGUGAGUCGACAAAACAUCCAGCAGAGAAUCCAGGACAGAGAGAAAGAUGUGAAGCUGCUUCAACAGGAGGUGGAGGCCAUCAAUCAGUCUGCUGAUCAAACAGUGGAGCACAGUGAGAAGAUCUUCACUGAGCUGAUCCAUCUCAUCCAGAAAAGAAGCUCUGAUGUGAAGCAGCAGAUCAGAUCCCAGCAGGAAACUGAAGUGAGUCGAGUCAAAGAGCUUCAGGAGAAGCUGGAGCAGGAGAUCACUGAGCUGAAGAGGAAAGAUGCUGAGCUGAAGCAGCUCUCACACACAGAGGAUCACAUCCAGUUUCUACACAACUACCCCUCACUGUCAGCACUCAGUGAGUCUACAGACUCAUCCAGCAUCAAUAUCCGUCCUCUGAGCUACUUUGAGGAUGUGACAGCAGCUGUGUCAGAGGUCAGAGAUAAACUACAGGACAUUCUGAGAGAGGAAUGGACAAAGAUCUCACUGACAGUCACUGAAGUGGAUGUUUUACUGUCGGAUUCACAAGCAGAGCCAAAGACUAGAGCGGAAUUUUUAAAAUAUUCACGUGAAAUCACACUGGAUCCAAACACAGCAAACACAUAUCUGUUAUUAUCAGAGGAGAACAGAAAAGCAACAUCCACAAAGAAACAGUCUUAUUCUGAUCAUCCAGACAGAUUCACUGGAUGGUGGCAGGUCCUGAGUAGACAAAGUCUGACUGGACGUUGUUACUGGGAGGUGGAGUGGAGAGGUGGAGGAAUUAUUGUAGCAGCUGCGUACAAGAAUAUCAGCAGAACAGUGAAAGUGAACAGUAUAUCCUUGGUUUCUUAA